GUCUCAAUGGACACCUGGAGCUUCUUCUCUACUUGCCUGGUGUCCUUAUGGCUGCACAGGCUUUAUGUCUACUCUGCAGUUGCUUUUGGGAUCAGCAUUUGGAUCAUCAUUCAGUUCUCCACUUCCAAACACCAGAAGAAGGGUGAAAAACCCACCAGGAAUUCCGCUUCUUCUGAAGGGGUAGAAGAUAAACUAGUCAAUGGAUGUGCCACCCUGCAGGCAAAGGAGGUCUAUGUUGCUGGGGUAAAGAUUUUCUAUGGGUCUCAGACUGGCACGGCAAAGAGAUUUGCCAGAGCUCUAGCUGAGGCAGUUAUUUCCCUUAAUGUGCCAGUGGAAGUCAUUAGCAUGGGAGACUAUGAUCCAGAUGAUUGUUUAUUAGAGGAGACAACCAGCAGGAACAUCUGUGUAUUCUUGGUGGCUACAUACACAGAUGGGCAGCCAACCGAGAGUGCAGCCUGGUUCUGUAGGUGGUUAGAAGAGGCUGCGAAUGACUUUCGCUUUGGGAAAGCCUAUCUGAAGGGCCUGAGAUAUACUGUGUUUGGCUUGGGAAACUCUGUAUAUGUUGGUCAUUACAACACAGUUGGAAGAAAUAUUGACAAGUGGCUGUGGAUGCUCAGCGCCAGCCGGAUCAUGACUUGUGCUGAGGGGGACUGCAACGUGGCCCAGAGCAAGCAUGGCACCAUUGAGGCUGACUUUGAAGCCUGGAAAGCCAAGUUCCUCAGUCGUCUCCAGGCACUCUGCAGAGGGGAAAAGAAGCCCUGCAGUGGGAAGUGCAAGAAAGGGAAGUGUAAAUCCCCAGGGAAGCAGAGCAAGGAGAGUUCAGAUCAUGAACAUGGGGCAUCGGAAUAUGAGAAUACUGAGGCAGAGGAGUUGUUUGAAACCAGUAGUGAGGAGGAGGCUGAUGCUGAGGAAGCCAGAGAGACAAAUUCUGUCAUUGAUGUUGAAGAUCUUGGCAAUAUCAUGAGGCACAUGAAGAAAGCAAAG